AAACAAACAAUAAUCCGACAUCUUGCGUUGCGUUGCGUCGUGUUGGAAUUGAAACUUGAGAGAAGCAUGAAGUUCACAGACUCGCCGGUGAUCGAGCUUCCGGUGAACGACGCCGUUCUGUCGCUGCAGCAAGACAACGGUUCCAUGCACGUGGGAACCUCCGUGUGGCCGUGCUCCCUCGUCCUCGUAAAAUUCAUGGAGCGCUGGGCCUCACCCUCCGACAACAACCCGUACGCCCGCGUGCUGGACUUCGGGGGCAAACGAGCUGUGGAGCUGGGCACGGGCUGCGGCGUGGCGGGGAUGGGCUUGUUCUUAUUGGGCCUGACGGACCUGGUCCUCACGGAUAUCGCGCCGGUGAUGCCGGCCCUGAAGCGCAACCUGAAGGUGAACAAGCCCGUCCUCCGCAAGACCCUGAAACACUCCAUUCUUUACUGGAACAACGCGCAGCAGAUCGCGGCCCUCAACCCUCCCUUCGACUUCGUCGUCGCGACCGACGUUGUUUACAUUCGCGAGUCCGUGCCGUCUUUGGUUUCCGCCAUGGAAACCCUAGUCUCCGACGAAGGCGUCGUUUUGCUCGGCUACCAGCUUAGGGCACCCGAAGCACACGAGCUUUUCUGGGAACUUUGCGACAAAGCCUUCCACAUCGAGAAAGUCCCACACGAGCAUCUGCAUCCUGAUUAUGCUUACGAGGAGACCGAUGUUUUUCUGUUGAGGAAGAAAAACGAGAAGCUGUGAGCGAGUGAGAGUGAUGGGGUGUCAUGGAAUGUGGUUCGCCCUGGCGUUUAUGCCGAUCCUCCGAAUGAUUGUCAACAAGAGAUCUUGAAUACUUGUGAGGCGUGCUUGCUGCUGUAAAUGUCUUUGUUUUUCAUAGAUUUAGGCUCCCUUGUGAUACGGUGAAAAAAAAGUAGUGAAUGGGGGCGAUUAAAUGAGACUAAAGCUAGUUGCAAUUUUAGUUCUUUUAUCACAUUUAACCUUCUUUUACACAUUAGUGUUUGUAUAAUGGUAUAUGUUCCAUAUGUGAGGAGUGUGCAAACCUUGUCUGUGAUACUCUUUAUCCUAAAUGAAUGACUUUGCAUAUCGUGCGCAACAAA